GAAAAUAAGCGGUUCAUUUGCCUCGUAUGUGACAAGCAAUUCGCACAAAAAGUGAGCCUAAAGAGCCACACGAAAACCAACCACCCGGAAGUAACACUGUUAGUCUAAAUGUAAUAAAUGGGGUCCACAUUGGAAAUUCGUGGCCGUAGGGAGAGUGAGAGUGAGAAAAAGAAAAUAGUACUCGUAUAUCAGACGCCGCAGCGUCGUAACGCUGAACUUAUACUCAGGCAUUCGACUGCCUACCCCUUUAAGACCCGAUUUAGUCAGAUAUUAUGUGCGUAUUGCCACGACGAAUAUAACACUUUGACGAUACUUCGAUAUCAUAUGAAAACCGAACAUGUAACCUCUGACUUUAAAAACGUUUUCUAUAGGACGAAAGAUAACUUGAUUAAAGUUGACAUAACAAAUUUAAAAUGUAAAUUGUGUAACUUAGACAUUCAAGAUGUCGACACACUAAUGGGACAUUUAUCCCGUGAACAUAAUAAGUCGGUUAAAUUUAACGCGCGUUUUGGUGUUUUACCGUACAAACAAAACGCAUCCGAGCAUUGGGUGUGUGUAUACUGUCAUAAAACGUAUAUAGAAUUUAUACAGUUUAAGCGCCAUAUUGCUACGCAUUUCAUGAAUUUUAGUUGCGAUAAAUGCGGUACGACUUUUAUUUCUGAUCAUGCUUUAAGGGAUCAUCGGAGACAGGUUAAAUGUUUUAGGACGGCUUAUAAGCCACGUAAUGGUAGAGUUUUGAAACCGCGAACCAAUGCUGAGAUUAUACUUCAAUGUUCAACAGCGUGCCCCUUCAGAACUUGGAAAAGUAACUUCAACUGUGUGUUCUGUAGGGUUCAGACUAACGAUCCAAGCACCCUACGCAGUCAUGUAGCGACGAGACAUGAGAAUUAUGACGUUCAAUCGGCGUUUUAUAAGAAAUUAGGAAAGGAGUUUCUCAAAAUUGAUAUAACCGAUCUUCAAUGCAAAUUGUGUUUCAUGCCGAUGGAAAAUUUCGAAACACUCACGUACCAUUUAAAAAACGAUCACCAGCAGCCUAUUAAUUCCGACGCCCAGCUAGGCGUUUUGCCCUUUAAACUGAACAACGGAUCGAUUUGGAAGUGUACAAUGUGUCCGAAUGAAUUUAAAGACUUCGUCUCAUUAGACAAGCAUACAUCAGAGCAUUUCCAAAACUAUGUCUGUGAUACUUGCGGGGAAGGUUUCAUAACCGAAUCAGCCAUGAUCGCGCACACUAAGAUACCUCACGAAAACAAAUACAAUUGCAGUCGUUGCGUGGCUACAUUUUCUACGUUAGAGGAGAGAAAUGUGCACGUGAAAACACAGCACACAUCGACACCGUACAUGUGUGUUUACUGUAAGGAUAAGCCACGUUUUGCGAAUUGGGAAUUGAGAAAGAAACAUUUAAUGGAAGUACACAAUUACAAGACCGGCGCUGAUAAAUACGAGUGUGCGACUUGUCAGAAAUCGUUUAAAACACGAUCGGGGAAAUAUAACCAUAUGGCGAGAACUCACCGAAUAAAAAAAGACACCGAACUCAAUUACCCAUGCCACAGCUGCCCUAAAGCGUUUACCACUCAAUUAUUUCUAGAUAAACACGUCGCAAAAAAGCAUUUCGAUGUAUAAUAUGUCCACCUUUAAAUAUUUUAUGCUUGAUGAUUGAAAUGAAAAUAGUAAUCAUGUUUAAAUACAAAAUUUUAUUGUGAAAAUUUAGCGCGACGACAGUUAUGUUGUCAUGAUUGAAGAACCUAAAAUUAAUAUGCAAUAGAAUGAAAUAAUGAUGUGGUUCUUUUCUUUU